CAAGUGCCCUCGCCCUGUGACACUAACGCUAUCUGCAACAACACCAAUGGGAAUUUCAUCUGCAAAUGCUUAAAGGGCUAUGAUACUGUCACUGGGACAGUUGGUUUCCCCAGCCUGAAGUGCACAGAUAUUGAUGAAUGUUCUCAGGUCCCAUCAGUCUGUGGCCCUCACAGCAUCUGCAUCAAUACCCCAGGGGGUUUCACCUGCCACUGUCCUCUAGGUUAUUCUUCUCCCAGUGGGACCUCUUGGAAACCUGGUGACCCCCACACCUUGAACUGCACAGAAAAUCUCUUUAUCUGCCAGCCCGGGAUUCUGCAAGGAGAUGAUUUCAAAAGCCGGUGCGGCAACACCACCCAGCACGGAAACCAGAAAAGCAACAGAUUUUGCAUCAUCCUGAAUCAGACCACAAAGAGCCUGGAAUCUGCAUGUGGCCAUGGAAACCAGUCAGUAUUGCUGAAGAAAGUCUUCACUUCUCUUGAUUCGCUUUUCAAUGCCACUGCCCAGCAGUCUACUGGGAGCAAAGAGGAGGUCACAUGGGCAGCCACUGCCUUUCUGCAACGCGUAGAAUUGGCCGCCUUGGAAGCUGCUCAGAAAAGUCCCGAGAACAAGCCGCAGACUAUCACAACCGAGAUGAUGACCAUUGCAGCCCUGCAGGUACGGGCAGGGAAGAUGAUCGAACCAAACUCUCAAAGCGACUCGAUGAGCAUUGACUGCACGACCGUGGUUGGCACCAGCGAACCAGGCUCCCGAGCCGUUGUCUUCAUAUCGUACGCCAUUCUCGAGUCCAUCCUGAACAAUAACUUUAUCGACCAGCAAAACCUGAUGGGUGAUGACAAGCAGGGUACCAUCACGCUGAAUUCCAAGGUAGUGAGUGGGAUCACUGGGAAACCUGGACCCCUCUCCAAACCUUUCAACUUCACCCUGAAGCAUAAACAGAGAAAGGAAAUGGAAGGGAAGACUGUCUGUGUUUUCUGGAACCCCACUGGCACCUGGUCUACUGAAGGCUGCAGACUUCUCCUCGCGAACAGCACUCACACCACCUGCAACUGUAAUCACCUGUCCAGCUUUGCGAUCCUGAUGGCUUCACAUGCUAUCAAGGAGAGUGACCCACUGACCAUCGUCACCUACGUGGGACUGGCCCUCUCUCUGCUGUGCCUCUUCCUUGCCAUCCUCACCUUCCUCCUGAGCCACUCCAUUCGCAACAUCAGCACCUCCCUCCACCUGCAGCUCUGCCUCUGCCUCUUCCUGGCCGACCUGCUCUUCCUCACCGCGGUGGACAGAGUCACCAAUGAGGCGGCGUGUGCUGUCAUUGCUGGCUUCCUACACUACCUCUUCCUGGCCUGUUUCACCUGGAUGUUCCUGGAGGGGCUGCACCUCUUCCUCACCGUCCGGAACCUGCAGGUCGUGAAUUACACCAGCGCCAGCCGGUUCAAGAAGAGAUUCACGUACCCGUUCGGCUACGGAGUCCCAGCCCUGGUGGUGGCUAUUUCUGCAGUGGUGAAUCCUGGAGGCUACAGAAUUUCCAAAUACUGCUGGCUCACAAUAAAGGGAGGCUUUAUCUGGAGUUUCCUUGGACCUGUCUGCCUUAUUAUUGUGAUGAAUUUAGCAUUUUUUUAUCAAAACCCUCUGGAUCCUGAGAGACACAAUCUCCUCCCUCAAUACAGAUGUCUCCACCCUCAAAAACACAAGUGUCCAGAGGGCCCAACCAGAAUGUGUGCUGGGAGCUGUGCAAACAGAGUGACCGACACUUCCGGCCCCAGGGAGUUGACAAUCGAAACGACCAAUAGUGACAACGUUUUGCCUGGCUUAUUGAUUAGGUUAUUGAUUUGGUUUGCCGAAGUAACACUUGUAAUUUGGCUACUGACCUUUAAAGCCAUCGCCCAAGUCUUCAUUCUGGGCUGCACGUGGAUUUUCAGUCUCCUUCAAGUCGGCCCAGCCGCCACUGUCAUGGCGUAUUUAUUCACCAUCAUCAACAGCCUGCAGGGAGCCUUCAUCUUCCUGGUGCACUGUCUCCUCAAUAAGCAGGUGAGAGAGGAGUACAAGAGAUGGAUCAGAAGGAUUGAGACAUGCAGAACCAAGUCUCAGACUUCCAGGCUAUCUAUGUCAGCUGACCCCGUCACCACGAGAACUGAAGGGGAAAAGUCCUCCUGAAAAAGUGAAGUCUACUACUGCAUGUGGGGGAAAACAAAGCCCUGCUCCAUUCCCAGCACCAGAAAUCCCCUUUUUUUUACCUAGAAGAGGAAGCUACUUAUCUCCAAAAUCCUCUGAUAGCUGCUACUGUAUGGCUUAUCCUUGUAUGGGGAAGGGGAAGGCUGUGUUUCACAUGUUUAACUAUUUUAGUACCUUUGACUUCACCCAAGUGGUUGCCAUCUUCACCCUGAAGUCUUGAGUGAAGACCUGACUCUGCUCCAGUUGAAGUCAACUGGAGUUUUCCCAUUGAUUUCAGUGGGAGCGGGACUGGGAGCAGAGAGCCAAAGACUUGGCAAAUCUGUCCAGUUAAUAAAAGGUGGAAAAAAUGAUUUAAUUUUCCUGACCUUCCCCCAAACCCUAAGGCUUGGCAUUUCCCAGCCUGAGAGAACUUGGGCCAGCUUCUCAUCUCAGUUUCGACAGAUACAAAUCCAGAAUUACUGAAGUCAGUGGAGUUACUCCGGAUUCACACCAAGAUAGCUGCAAGCAGAAUGUGGCCUCUUGUGCUUCUUUCUUUCUAUUGUGCUUGACGUUGAACUGAAAACUCUGAGGUUGGCGUACCUGUACCCGUUCAGCAUUAAUAGCCAGGCAAGACCUUCAACCAAUACUGACUGCUUAGCAUCUGCGUAGGAUUUAGCCAGUGUUUGAAAUGAGGCCAUGUCUUUCCUCAAAUUACUGCCAGCUGGAUGGACAUUGUGUAGAUGAACUCUGUGAGGAUGCAAAAUACAGAAACAAGCCUGCUUUAGAGAGUCAAGAUCCAUCUCCAUUUAAGUGUAAAAGCUCACCCAUGCUCCCCAGAUAUGACAGCUCCUUAUAAACAUCCAAAAUUCUUAUUAGAGCCGAGUGGAGAAUGUACAGCUAGUAAUUUGCUCUUCAAAUUUUGCCUCUGUUUGUGAAAAAUUAUAGUUUUAUUAUUUGUUAAGCUUUGGAAAAGCACAAGAGGAGUCAGAGGUGAAAUGAGGUGUUUGCUGUGGGAAUAUUGAGGAGUUGUGACUUGCACUCCAUAAUGCUUUAUAGAAAUAUGCUUAUGAGUGUAAAUAUGACAUAACUGGAAUAUGUUUUAUGCUAGUGUCAUAAAUAUAAAGGGAAGGGUAACCACCUUUCUGUAUACAGUGCUAUAAAAUCCCUCCUGGCCAGAGGCAAAACCCUGUCACCGAUAAAGGGUUAAGAAGCGACGGUAACCUUGCUGGCACCUGACAAAAAUGACCAAUGAGGGGACAAGAUACUUUCAAAGCUGGAGUUUGGGGGGGAGGGGGGAGGGGGACAAAGGGUUUGGGCUGUCUGUGUGAUGCUUUUGCCGGGAAUAGUUCAGGAAUGUAAGCCUUACAACUCCUAUAAAGUUAGUAAGUCUAGCUAGAAAAUGCAUUAGAUUUUCUUUUGUUUAAUGGCUGGUAAAAUAAGCUGUGCUGGAGGGAAUGUAUAGUCCUGUUUUUGUGUCUUUUUGUAACUUAAGGUUUUGCCUAGAGGGAUUCUCUAUGUUUUGAAUCUGAUUACCCUGUAAAGUAUUUACCAUCCUGAUUUUACAGAGGUGACCCUUUUACCUUUUCUUUAAUUAAAAUUUUUCUUU